AUGUGUGGGAACUGUCACGAAAUCAAUAGUUUGCUGAUGCAUGUAUAUGGAUAUUCUAUCAAAAAGAUCUGCGAGGUUCUCGGCAUCCAGAAUUCCCUUGUAUACAAAACUCUCCAGCUCUAUGCCACACUCUCCAAUGUUGCCAGUCCCAAUUCACGUACAGCAGGCUGUCGUCGCAGUCUCAAUUAUGAGGACAUCAACUACAUCAAAUCACAUUGCCAUUUGCACAGCUCUGCAUUCUCAGAUGAACUUCAGAGUAACCUGCUUUCACAAUGUGGUGUCAAGGUUUCAAUGUCCACUCUCUUUCGAACUCUGCAACGUCUUGGUAUCACACGCAAGAAAGUAUCUCGUUGCGCCCUUGAGCGGAAUGAUGAAAAAAAUGCGCCGCAUUCAUGA